AUGGAUAGGGCCAGGCCUGACAAUGCCCGUAUGGGCAAAAUUCUGGCGUCAUCAACCAUGGGCACGAGCUUUUUGAUAUUGAUUCAAUUGGCGUCCAGAAUCUUCACAUUUGCCUCGAAUCAACUAAUUCUACGCACCCUUUCACCGGUCGUGCUGGGUGUAGCAACCCAGCUGGAGCUUUUCCAGGUUUCGAUACUGUAUUUUUCGAGAGAAAGCAUCCGGAUGGCCAUUCAAAAGCAGCCUAUCCCCUCUUCGUCUGACAGCAAAAAGCUAUCCCAUGAAUCAGAUGCCGCAUCAACAGAUACACUGUCCGUGGCUUCCCAAACAGUGGUGAACGUGUCUUAUCUGAGUCUUGCCCUUGGGAUCCCUGCAAGUCUCAUGUUUACCAUGCUUUACCGUCACUUUGUCUCUGUGGAAGCAUCAAAUGUCGCGUUCUUCUAUCAUAGUGUGAUCAUGAUUGGGGCUGCAUCACUCAUGGAGCUCAGUAUCGAGCCCUUUUUCUCAGUGGUACAGCAACAUAUGCUUUACGAAAAACGCGCGGCCGUUGAGCUGCCAGCAACAUUUCUGAGGAGUGCAGUGACAUGUUCGGCAUUUAUAUAUGCUUCUCGAUUCGACUAUGAUCUUGGUGUGCUGCCAUUUGCCCUUGGUCAUCUCAUUUAUUCGCUUGCGCUUAUAUUUGGCUACUCGCUGGCGUUGCUCAAAGGGCCCAAAACAAACCGAUUCUCUUUCUUAUUGACACGCAUACAAUCCAGAGACCCAUCUCGCUACUUGCUGGGACGCUUUUCAUGCCAAUUAAUGUCUAUUGCUGCCAACGUCUUUCUCCAAUCUACAGUGAAGCAUUUGCUGACGCAGGGCGAUACUAUGAUUCUCGCAGCCCUUUCUGGGCUCGAAGACCAAGGUAUAUACUCGCUAGCGUCAAAUUACGGCGGUCUUGUGGCACGGAUAAUCUUCCAACCCCUGGAAGAGAGCAGCCGGAACCUAUUCUCAACCCUGCUGAGCCCCGAUGAAAAUGGAAAGCUGAAGGAUAUCCAUGUCCGCACUACCAGAAACCAUCUUAUAGAUAUAUUACGCGCGUAUCAGCUACUGUCAAUCCUCAUUUUUCCAUUGGGUCCCAUGAUGGUACCGCAAGUGCUGCGUAUUUUGGGAGGUCGCCAGUGGGCUUCCCCCAAAGUUGGAGACCUGCUCUCUGUCUAUUGUUAUUACAUCCCGUUUCUGGCAUUCAAUGGAAUCACCGAAGCUUUCGUGUCAUCCGCAGCAAACUCGCGGCAGAUACGGAAGCAAACAGGAUGGAUGGGCAUUUUUUCCGGCUGUUAUGCCCUGGCAGCCUGGAUGUUCCUCGAAGUAGGGCAGAUGGGCGCCUGUGGAUUGGUGCUGGCCAAUAUUGUGAAUAUGGCCGUUCGAACUGUCUGGAGUUACAGAUUCAUUAGAUCGUACCUCCAUCAAAACGGAUAUAGCCUUUACACAAGUGAAGUGGCCAUCCGACCCGCUAGCUUCGUCCUUUGUGCUCUGGCGAGCAUGUUCAUAGGCAGGCACGGAUUUGGUAACCCGCGAUUGGAAUUCAUCAAAGCAUGCUCCUUGAGUGCCAGCUAUGUGUUUCUAAUGUGA